AUGGUUAUGAAUGAAACUGAAACCAUAUACUUUGACAGUGAGGAAAUCUACUCGUCGGGAAACGACUAUAAAACCGCAAUUGUCCCCAUUUUCGACCCUGAAUGUGGAAAAGUCGCUAUAGUGAGAGGAGUACAUAAAAUGAAGAGUGCGUCUGUACAAAAAAUGAAAAACUUCCUGAAAGAGCUAUCAUAUCGGAGAGACUUGGCCAGUAGUGGUAGGUCCAAGAUUGCAGCUAGGAACAAGAUUGCAGCUAGAUACGCAGACAGUUAGACAGAUGAAGAGAGAGUGUCCUACAAGGAUCAGAACACAACUGACAAAUCAGUAGUCGAGCGAUUUGUAGACUUUUUGUGCAAUGAUCCUCGACUUGAGAAUGCCUAUGUUUGGGCUCACAAUGGAGGCCGCUACGAUCACGUUUUUACUUUGGAAAAACUGCUCAAGGAGCUGAUUUCGUUGUCCAAGAUAAAGAUGAGCGGCCUCACUUUUGUAUCUGUGGAUGUUCCCAUCACAAAGAAGAAUGUACUUCAUUUUCGAGAUUCUGCCCAAUUUCUCAAGAUGCGGUUGGAAGAAAUGCCCAAAGCCUUCAGUCUAAAAGCCAAAUCAAAUGGCUAUUUCCCGUACCUCUUCAAUCACGAAGACCACUAUGGACUUGUGCUUCCUCAUCUACCAGCAAUCGAAUAUUAUGAGCCAACUUCUAUGAAACCGGAAAGCCGAGAAAAGUUUGAGCAGUGGUACAACGAAAACUACGACAAGCCUUUUGAUUUCGACGAGGAGAUUCAAAAGUAUUGCCAAAUGGACGUACAGAUCCUGACAGAAUCCAUGAUUAAAUUCACGGAGUUCUGCACAACCCACUUGUCGCGUUGGAAUCCGCUUAACAAUUGGCUCUGGAGGUUACCGGCAUUGUCCUCAAUAAGGAGGAAACCCUCAGCGAUUGGGCCAGGGAAGUACUUCGCAUCGACCAAAUCCACUAUGCUUGCAUGGAUGCAAUCAUUCUCCAUCACAUUUAUGACGAGAACAUUGAGAACUAAAACGACUUACUCUUGGCUGAACCAGCAAAUGCAUUUUUUUUUUUCGUAUUAAUCAAUUGUAUUAACAAAUUAUCAAUAAAACAAUUUGCUCAUGAAAAC